UGAGGACCAUGGACUCUGAUACAAGCCGUGUGUCGAGCAGACCGUCUUCUCCCGAGGUGGACGAUAUAUUCAUGUCGGCCAUGAAGAAGUCAGUACACGGCUUCUCCGGUGCAGUGUCAUCCACACAGAGCGACUCUCCACCGGAGAUCCCGGCGGACCUGCGCGGCCACUCCAGCGCCGACGAGGAUGCGCUCACCCUCAAAAUGAUGUCCAAGAAAGACCGUAAGCUCCUGUCAGAGAGCGAGCUGCAGUCCAUCCGCCUGAAGAUCAACAGCCGCGAGAGGAAAAGGAUGCACGAUCUGAACGUGGCGAUGGACGGACUCCGGGAGGUUAUGCCCUAUGCGCACGGACCGUCGGUGCGCAAACUCUCCAAAAUCGCCACCCUCUUGCUGGCUAGAAACUACAUCCUGAUGCUGAGCAACUCGCUGGAGGAGAUGAAGCGGCUCGUGAGCGAGAUCUACGGCAGCAGCGGCCACCACGGCGGCUUCCACCCGUCCGCGUGCGGGACCAUGACGCACGCGGGGCCUCUACCCGGCCACCCGACCGCUUCCCACGCCUCUCACCCGGCCGUGCACCACCCGCUCCUGCCGCCUGCGGCGGUAUCCACCGCCUCCCUGUCCGCCCCCGGCAUCUCCGCUGUGACCUCGGUCAGACCCCACCACGGACUCCUCAAAGCGCCCGCUGCUAGCGCAGGGCCGCUAGGCAGCAGUUUCCAGCACUGGGGCGUUGGCACCGGGAUGCCCUGUCCGUGCAGCAUGUGCCAAGUCCCGCCUCCACAUGUGUCCAGCAUGAGCACCGUCAGCAUGCCGAGGCUGGCCAGCGACUCUAAGUGACUUGAAACAAAAGGAAAGCGAACUUUUUGUCUGUUGUGGAGUUGCAGUCGGGCUACAAAGGCUGCUGUGUGUCUACCCGCAUCAUGAAGUUUGUUUUUUAUUUAUCUGUGUUGCUGAAUCCGUUGCUUCGACGUGGCGAAUAAAGUCAAAAUGCAUUGAUUUUCCUUACACUGGGAAUUCGGGGUAUUGCUAUUAACUGUUUUAACUAGCCUCAUGGUAACAGGUGUUUCUUCACGGGGCUCCUAAAGCACAAUGAACCUUCAGCUUAUUAAUGAAAAUUCGGUGGCCCCUAUUAUGUAUUUAGAGUUUAAAGAUCUAUUUAAUCGCUGCAGCUGGUUAUAAGUUGCCUUUUCAUUCUCUGAGCCUGAGAGGAAGAAGCUCCUAACUUGAAUCAAACCACAAAUGUAGAGUGUAAAUAUGUAGAUGAAUUAUGCUGUUUAUAUAGUAUGAGAUAUUUUAUAUUAGAGUCUUGUUAAUGUUUGGAAUGACACCCUCCACCCCCCACCCCACCCUUCUCUCUCUCUCUCAAACACACACACAUCCCAACCCUCGACCCUUAAGCCUGCCAUGUUGCACUUGCUUCAUUCUGUCAGUCUAUCCGGUCCUCUUCAGUGUUUUUCUUCUGAUUUUGUCGCCCAGCAUGCUAUUCACUGCCCGCAAAGAAUGACCACGUCUUUAUUUUUUUAUUAAAAAGUGCUAAAUGAUAUUUAUUUACUUAUUUUCGACGGGGAUUUCAGAUGAAUCUGUGAUU